CAUCUGUAGGUGGCUCUCCGUAUCCGUCCCAUUAACGAAGCUGAGCUAGAGGAAGGAGCUGGCAUUAUCGCCCACAAGGUCGGUGAGCAGAUGAUGGUUCUGAUGGAUCCAACGGAAGAUCCAGAUGACAUCUUGCGUGCCAAUCGGUCCCGAGAGAAGACCUUUAUUUUCGACAUGGUUUUCGACCACAUGGCGAGUCAGGAGGAGGUCUAUGUGUGCACAACCAAAAAUCUCAUAGAAGGGGUCAUUUCAGGAUAUAAUGCAACAGUCUUUGCAUAUGGGCCAACAGGGGCUGGGAAAACGUACACCAUGCUGGGCCUGGACUCUGAACCUGGUAUCUACAUCCGAACACUCCAUGAUCUCUUCAAAGCUAUUGAGGUCACGAGUGGGGACAUGGCCUACUCAGUCUGUAUGUCGUACUUAGAGAUUUAUAACGAAGUAAUUCGUGAUCUCCUGAACCCAUCUUCGGGAUUCCUGGAGCUAAGAGAAGACUCGAAGGGGAGCAUCCAGAUUGCUGGGAUUACGGAAGUAUCAACCACAAAUGCCCAAGAGAUCAUGGAGCUCUUAACGAAAGGGAACAAAGAACGCACUCAAGAGCCCACAGCUGCCAACAAGACGUCUUCUCGGUCACAUGCUGUCCUCCAAGUGACGGUGAAGCAGACAAGCCGAGUGAAGGAUACAAACGAGGAAGUGAGAGUCGGGAGGCUCUUCAUGGUUGACCUGGCUGGGUCAGAAAGAGCAGCUCAGACGCAGAACCGAGGCAAGAGGAUGAAAGAGGGUGCCCACAUCAACCGUUCGCUGCUUGCCCUGGGGAACUGCAUCAAUGCCCUCAGCGAGAAAGGAGCCAGCCGGGCUCAAUAUGUCAACUUCCGAGACAGCAAACUCACCCGCCUCUUGAAGGACUCCUUGGGAGGAAACAGCAGAACUGUGAUGAUCGCUCACAUCAGCCCAGCCGGCAUUUACUUUGAGGAAUCUCGGACUACCCUGAUCUAUGCGUAUCGAGCGAAAAACAUCAAAACCAGGGUCAAGAGGAACCUGCUUAACGUCUCCUACCACAUUGCUCAGUACACCAGCAUCAUUUCGGAUUUGCGCCGGGAGAUUGAGCGCUUGAAGGCAAAGGUUGAAAACCAAGAGAAGGACAGAAGUUUGCUCGGUUCUGGGGGCAAAGAUGUACAAGUCAGAGGGGAGGCCCAGCAGGACUCGGAGGAGUGCAGCCGCCAAGAAAUGAACAAGCUCCGGAAGCAGCUGAUCGGGGCAUUCAAAGACCAAAUGGACAUGCGCCGCAGCCUCAUGGAGCUGGAGAACACCAACAUGGAGUUGCACGUCGACACCUCGAGGCACCUGCUAACCAUUGCCGACUGGGAACGAGAAAAAGCUCACCAGGAUUGCAAGUACCGCCAGCGGCGUGUAAGCGAUAGAGACCAUGAAGCCAUGGAGAAAGAGGAGGAGGAGGAGGAAGGAGAGGGGUCCAGAGAAGAUUCGCCGGAGCCUCACGAGGUAGCCGUGGCCAGGGAGGAGAUCAACAUGUUGUUGGCGGAGCAGCGGAAAACGGCUGCCUUAAAGGCUGACCUGGAGCAACGCCUGGCCAACGCCAAGAAGAAGGCCUCUCAGAUGGAGAAGCUCCUGCCCCAGCAGAUCACCAGCGAGGACCAGCGAGAGGUGCUGCGUCUCCUCUGCAAGGCCCACGAGCUGGAGGUGGGCAGCACGGAGCUGCAGGCCAGCGCCUUGUGCAAGGAUAGCCUCCUGUGCCAGAAGGACUUCAUCAUCCAGCGGCACCAGCAGCACCGGCGCCUUUGCGAGGAGAUCAUCCAGCAGCAGCGCUCCCUGAUAAAGGCCCACAACAUUGCUAUUCCGCCCCCACUGGGAAAGCUGUACCGGCUGUAUUCCCACGAAUUCGAGGAAGGGACCCUGAACCAUCUGCUCGCGUUUCACUCCCUGAUGUCCAGUGCAAUUCGGGAACGCUCCGUCCUGGAGAGAGCGUUGCAAGUAGAACGAAACAAAGAAGAGAACCAAAGAGGCUCUCCUGUUCACAAGAAGGAGUUCUCCGAGGGACCCAAAUUCGAGCUGCCUCCUAUUGUUGUGGAACCCGACAGUGACAGCCACAGCUCAGCUCAAAAUACCCCAGCUCGGAAACAGAGGAGCUGGGAGUGGAAUCAUAGCCCGACUUUGCUUCACUUCCUGAGAACGCCCGCUCACCAAGUCAGUCAGACAGAAAUCUAA